ACGUUUACGUAAAGCUGGCGCUCCGGUUUCCCUGGCGGAGAAGAUGGCGGCUCCUGGACCGGGGGAGUAUUUUAGUGUUGGGAGCCUUGUCUCUUGCCUCACCUGUUUGGGCCAACGUUUGCAAGGAGAGGUCGUGGCCUUCGAUUACCAGACCAAGAUGUUAACUCUGAAAUGUGCUUCCUCAAGCGGUAAGCCCAACCUCAGUGAUGUUGUCCUGAUUAACUUAGCCUACGUUUCAGAGGUGGAUAUUAUUAAUGACCGCAGUGAGACUCCACCUCCUCUAUCAUCUUUGAAUGUUAGCAAGCUCGCCAGUCGGGCAAGGACGGAAAAGGAAGACAAGUUGUCCCAAGCCUAUGCAAUCAGCGCUGGGGUUUCAGUUGAGGGCCAGCAACUAUUCCAGACUAUACAUAAAACCAUCAAGGACUGCAAAUGGCAGGAGAAGAACAUUAUUGUGAUGGAUGAUGUCAUAAUCUCACCACCGUAUCAGGUGGAGAACUGCAAAGGAAAAGAGGGAAGCGCUUUAAGUCAUAUACGCAAAAUUGUUGAGAAACAUUUUAGAGAUGUGGAAACUCAGAAGUCGAUGCAGCGUUCACAAGCACAGCAAACACAGAAGGACUCGUCGUUAUCCUCCUGAGAUGGAGAGUGGGUGGGCGUGGAUCAGCCACAGAGGGCACGGUGGGCAUCAGGGCCCCGAGAGCUGAGCGAGAAUAUCGCUCCCCUCUACCCCCUCCCCAUUUCAAUGUCUCAGUCAGAGGGCAAGGGCACCAAGGGGUCUGGAAGAUCAAAUGAAAAACAAAAGAAAAAAACUUUAAAAAUGAAAAAAGAAAGAAAUCAGAAAAAGUGAGGUUUGAAAGAGUUAAUUCUAAAUUAGACUUUAUAAAGAUAAUUUAAAAUACCGACUAUUAAGGAACCCAUAGUUUCCCUGACUAACUUUCAGUAUCUUACCCUCUCUUUCCUUCUGUGCCCUCUUCUUACUCUUUCCUUAUUGUUUCUUUUCUUCUCUCCCUUCAUUUUUGUCCCUCCUUCGCUUUCAAUUCCAUUUUGUCAAAAAGGAAAACCUAAACAGUCAGAAAGGCUUGUUAGUGCUUUUUUUUAUCCAUAAUUUUGUUUUUUUGCCAUCUUCAUGUUCUACAUUGUCUGUAUUUUCUGUAUUUUAAACAAAAAUGUGACUUGAAAUGCCACACUUUAAAAAAGGACAUUUUCUAAAAUAAAAGUAACAAAAAUUC